AUGACAUAUACCGAAGCUGCUUAUACUAAUAUUCAAAAUAGAUCUACAUCUUUUUCCAAUAUUAGUGAAACUAUCCUUAUAUUAAUUAAAAAAGUCAAAGAACUUGAAAAUAAAUUUAAAGUGCUCUCUGAUUUGUUCAACAAUAUUAAAAAAGAAGUUAUAAUUCAAAAACAUAACCAAGAAGACAUCGAUUAUCAUCUUUUAAGACUUGAAUUUUUUACAGAAAUACCAGAUGAUGAUUUUCCAACUCUAAUUAGUUACCUCUACGGUUAUCCAAAUUACACCUAUAACUAA